AUGAACCGAUCACCCGCACAUCCCAACCAACUCCGAUCUGUGGGCUCCCAGGAUGCCCUGGCUCUCCAGCCAUCACCCCUUGCUCCCCAGAGCCUCUCAUAUCCAUCUUGGGCCUCUCUGGGUGGGCCUCCUCCCUGGGGCUUCAGCUGUCUUUUGGCUCUGCAGCAUCUCGUUGUCCUGGCUGCUCUGCUCUGUGUCUCCCACCUGCUCCUCCUCCGCAGCCUCCCCCCAGGAGGACUCUCUUACUCCCCUGCCCAGCUCCUGGCCUCCAACCUCUUUUCGAGUGGUGUGUCUACUGCCUUGCAAACUUGGAUGGGCAGCAGGUUGCCCCUUGUCCAGGCCCCAUCCUUUGAGUUCCUCAUCCCUGCCCUGGUGCUGACCAGCCAGAAGCUACCUAAGGCCAUCCAGACACCUGGGAACUCCUCCCUCGUGCUGCGCCUGUGUCGGGGGACUGGCUGCCAGGGCCUGGAGCUCAGGAACACUUCUCUCCGAGAGGUGUCUGGAGCGGUGGUGGUGUCCGGGCUGCUGCAGGGUACACUGGGGCUAUUGGGAGGCCCUGGCCGCUUGUUCCCCCACUGUGGACCCCUAGUUCUGGCCCCUGGCCUGGUUGUGGCAGGGCUUUCUGCUCACAGGGAGGUGGCCCUUUUCUGCUCUGUUCACUGGGGCCUGGCCUUGCUGCUUAUCCUGCUCAUCGUGGUCUGUUCUCAGCACCUGGGCUUCUGCCAUUUACCCCCAUGGCCCUGGAGGCCAGCUUCAGCCUCUCCAACGCCUGCUCACAUCCCUGCCUUUCGGCUCCUAUCGGUACUCAUCCCUGUGGCCUGUGUGUGGAUCCUCUCUGCCAUUCUGGGCCUCAGCACUAUCCCCCUAGAGCUGUCUGCCCCCACUGAGGCACCAUGGUUUUGGCUGCCUCACCCAGGUGAGUGGGACUGGCCCUUGCUGACGCCCACAGCUUUGGCUGCAGGCAUCUCCAUGGCCUUGGCAGCCUCCAUCAGCUCCCUGGGCUGCUAUGCUCUGUGUGGCCGGCUUCUGCGUCUGCCUUCACCACCUCCACAUGCCUGUAGUCGAGGGCUAAGCCUGGAGGGUCUGGGCAGUGUGCUGGCCGGGCUGCUGGGGAGUCCCAUGGGCACUGCAUCCAGCUUCCCCAAUGUGGGUACAGUGAGUCUUACGCAGGCUGGAUCCUGGCGAAUAGCCUACCUGGUGGGGCUGAUGUGCAUGGGACUUGGGCUCUCUCCCCGGCUGGCCCAGCUUCUCACCACCAUCCCGCUGCCUGUGCUUGGUGGGGUGCUAGGAGUGACGCAGGCUGUGGUUCUGUCUACCGGAUUCUCCAGCUUCCAUCUGGCUGACAUUGACUCUGGGCGAAAUGUCUUCAUAGUUGGCUUCUCUAUCUUCAUGGCCCUGCUGCUGCCAAGAUGGCUUCGGGAAGCCUCGGCCCUCCUCACAGGCUGGAGCCCCUUGGAUGUGUUACUGCACUCACUGCUGACAGAGCCCAUCUUCCUGGCUGGACUCUUGGGGUUCCUUCUAGAGAACACCAUUCCUGGCACAAGGCUUGAGAGAGGCCUAGGUCAAGGACUUCCAUCUCCUUUCAUUGCCCAGGAGGCUUGGAAGCCUCAGAUGUCCAGAGAGAAGGCUGCUCAAGAGUAUGGGCUUCCUCUCCCCAUCCAAAACCUUUGCUCCUGCAUCCCCCAGCCUCUCCCUUGCCUCUGCCCACUGCCUGAGGACUUUGGGGAUGGGAUUCGGGCUCUCUCAGAAGGAGAGCCCUCUGAGCCAGGAGAGACAGCAGACUUGCUGCCUGGCUUUGGGGAGCCAAGCCCUGGGCUUAGGUCCCAGUAA